GAAUGAGGUAGACGGGCAAAUAGCGAGUAUCGAUCUGGAGGUAUUUUUACAGGCCGGUGUCUGUGAGUCGACACAUCCUCCCGUAUUGGAGGCGCGGCCAGGCCAGCUCCCAGCUGAUUCAUUCCACGGCACUAGCACGCGCACACUUGCCAUGAGCCAAUCAUCUGGCUGCAAGUUGCCUUAAAACCCAAAUUCUAUGGAGUACCUCGCCAAGUUAUCUACCCUGGGAAUGACGUCACGACCAAUGAAACAAGCCGCAGUGGUCACGUGUCUUCUUGCGGUGUUUUUCUCAACUUGUAUCAGCACUAAAGACGAACCUUCCAACAGAGUCUCAAUCGAAGACUUCAUUGACCUUGACGAGUCCGAGGCUCGGGAUAGCGGGGUCAAGGUCAGAGCUCAGGUCAAGCACCGCGUCAGUGCGGACAACGGCUCAGACUUCAAGACCACUGACGUCACAUUCGAUGACGACGACCUCUUCGCUUCGGGGUCGGGAUCGGGGUCAGGGGACGAUGACAACGCGACGGUGCGUGACGCCAACGGGAGGCUGACCCCUACUGUGACGUCACCAACGACGUCGACUUCGACUGAGCAGAUGAUUUCCUUGUUGUUUGACAUUGAAGAGGGCGGGGUCGAGACCAACCUGACCGGACCCUCAGACACCAACUUCGUCAUCUCCAAGAGAAACAACGACAACCACAUCGUAGUCGUAGACCCCAGCAUCGACGACAGCGAUAACGAUCCAGACGACUCCAACAGGAUGGAUGACGACGCUGACUCCAACAGGAUGGAGGAUGACGCUGACUCCAACAGGAUGGAGGAUGACGCUGACUCCCACUUUGCUCACAAUAGUCAAGCGGAGAUUUCUUCCAAUCAGAUUUUGAGUCCCGCCUCCUGGGAAAAGUGGUCCGAUUGGAUCACCGCCAGCAAGAGUUCAAAGGUCAGGGUCAGGGCGUGCCGGGCCGACGAGAGCAGCGCCGAGGCAUGCCAAGGGGUCAGAGUUCAGGUCAGGUCGUGCGGGGAUGCCCAGAGUGACCAGUGUGGGGAGGUCAAGGACAUGGGCACCAUGCCCGCUGGUGCAUGUCGGGAUACGGGCAGCAAGGAUAGUUUUCUGAAAGCUCCCCCACCACCCCCUCCCGUACCCAAAUCCCCACCCCCCACGGUGGUGAAGCCCAGCCCAGACGUGUGUCAGUACUCCCUGUACGACACCUACCGACAGAAGUUUGUCUACCUCCGCUGGGGUCUGACCGACCUGCUGACCAAGAGCAAGGUCAAGCGCUGGUGCAGCAGGAAGAGUGGUCAGUACCUGGUGAUGAGCAGUCCACAGGAGCACUGCAGGCGGCACUACAGGGAUUUCUGCAAGAAUUCUGAAAAAUGUGUGUCCAACAAGCCGACUAAAGAAAGAGGCGACUUUGCCGAGGGUUGCUGGAGAAAUCUGGUCUACGGGGAGAUGUUGCCAGUUGGGCUGUCUAACAAACAAACUGUCGUCUACCUCAUAUGCCAGAGGUUUGCUGCGCAGACUAGGAUGGGCAAGUCGUUCGGGUUCAAGGACACGCAUUACGUCACCUUGUAUGACGUCAGCAUCAGGUCACCCAUCCUGUCACUGACCAGGGUGACGGCCCUGGGGGACGAGACCUGGCCGGUCACGGAUUAUUUUAUUGAACACGGUCUGGUGGAGAAAGAGACGACCAUGCUUUGGUUCUACAGAAAACCUAAAAAAGGAAUGUUAACCCUUCUGGACCUGGACCGUUGCCAUGACGACCAGAGCUGUGACGUAGGGCUCCGUCAAGUAUUGCCACAGGACUACAAAGAUGCCACAGGCUACAGACCAACACACCUGAUGUGGCCUGAGUUGAUGCCAUUUGAGCCAGCUACAAGACUGGCCACCUUCACGAUGACCAACAUGGCACCAAUGCUAGCAGAGCUAUUUGAAGAGUGGCACCUGACGAUCAGGAAAGUUCGGACUUUCGCCAUAGAACAAUGUGGGGUGCCAGCCAUUGUGGACACAAACUUCAGACACGUGAGCGAGUUCAGCAGUCAUAGGUACAACAAGUCAGCUCUCUACCUGGCUUCAGGCAUCAUGCCCUCAACCAACCCAGUGCAGACGACAGGCCACAACAUCCGUGUGCCCUUCAUGUUUUGGCUGGCCGGAUGCUGUGUCCAGCAGUACACACUGACCAACCAUUCUCUGGACAACAGCUCCAGCAUUUACUGGAACGACACGUCCAACGACCUUGAGAGGACCAACACGACAGCAUUCGCCGUCUACAUCCGGAACUCUGCGGACAACCACGUCAUACCCGCACCCGUCCUGCAACUGGAGAUGCUCCUGCAGGACAUGUACAAAACGUCACCGGGUGACCUUGACGUCUCCCUGUUUCCGGGUCACGAUCAGGCCUGCAGUGACCUAAAGAAUGACGUGUCCAGAUGGUUUCAGUAACUUCCGGUUUCUGGUGGUUUUAAAACUAGGAGCUACACCUUGACACGUGAUCACUGUUCACCCAAUGGGAUUACAACCAGCGCGUGUUACUAUUUAUAGACGUCAUUUGUUGACACCGAAAAGGGGUCGGACCAUCAGUUCAUUGAAAACAUGAAAUUUAAAAAAAAAUGAUCUUCAUAUCAUCGUUUUGUUGCGAGAAAGCUUGUACAAAUCUAAUGAUGACUAGCUGCAGCUAUAAUGGCUGGUGUUACUUGAAGCUAGCCACGGCUGUAGUACUUGAAUGUUGAUCUGUAAUAAAAUGUGAUACUUUGGCUGUUUUCUAUGUCUUGUACAAAAUUCCAUUUAUAAAUAUAUAUCACUAGCUGUAAGUGGAUCCACUAGUUUUGUAGUCACACGUAUGUGCUAGCAGACAUCUUCUUGGUGUGCUAGUGUGUUAGCACACAUCUUCUUGGUGUGCUAGUUACCGACACACGUCCUAAAAUUGUGUGUCUAAUUAUCUUCCCAUGCUAAUUAAUUAGCUGAACUGUUGCUACUUCUGAGUUGUGAUCAUGUUUUUAUUUUUAUUGUGAUGCAUUAAAAAAACAACGGACAAACUUGUAUUUUACAGAAAGUAGUCCACCCCGUUUGGGACAGAUAUUCAUGCGCGUAUUUAAAAGCUUUCACGGCUUUGUGGCCAGAUUUUUUAAAGCAUACAUUUCUUUUACAUUAAAUUUUAAACUGAUUACAAUUUUAGUUUUUAACAAUCUGCUAUUGCUAAGAUCAAUGUUUAGCGUCUAGAUAUGUUUUAAUAACUAAAACGACUUUAAUGGCUUUUACAACGUUUAAUUAAAUUAAUCAAACGAAUUGUUUUUAAAUUAAGAUUGCUGUAAGAUGAUCUCCAAUUGAAAAAAAUAAAAACCUUUUAAAAUCUUAUCAAUGCCAUUUGAUAUUAAAAGUCAUUCAAAAAUGUUCGAACUAUUUAAAGAUUGUGUAUGUUUUAUAUCUAACGUUUUUGUGUAGUUUUGUACAUUCCGAAUCUUACAAUGUGUAGUUGUCUAUUGUGACGGCUGAGUUUCUACUGUGAGUUGGAGCUAUUGUCAAGCGAUCUCUGACGAGAGCUAAAAUCUGAUUUGAUACUGUCAAAUUUUUUCUAAUACACAUCUUCGACAAUUCGCCAGAUGAUGUUAAACCUGAAUUAUAUCACAGGUUAAACUAUUAGCUGGUGGUUAUUAUAGAGUGGGUUUAACUUCUGAUUUCAGGAUUUAAUACUUUAUGUUAUAAAGUUUAACUUCUUACUUUAAGAUUCAGUACUUUUUGUAGUAAUUUUAGCUUCUGUCGUUAAGAGUUUCAUUAUAUUAUAAAGUGGGUUUAACGUGGCUCUUUAAGUUCCAAUACUUAAGAUUGUAUGGUUUAGCUCCAGUUAUAAGUUUCAAUACUUUAAAUCGUAAGGUUUAGCUCCGGUUAUAAGUUUCAAUACUUUGUAUUGUAAGGUUUAACUUUUGUCUAAACAUGUCAAUAAUUCCUGCUGUGGGGUCAUUGGUAAGGUCAAAAAGAGGCUGGUCUUCUAAAGACACCCCCCUUCCCUUUUCUUUCCCCACCCCCUACCCACCACUCUGUUUCCAACAGCAUGGAGUACAGAACUGCCAAAUCAGCAGAAAGCCUAUUGACGUCAUUGACCAGUAUUUGUUACUGUAGUUACGAUGGAUCUUUUUUUUUUCCUCUGAAAUAAUCACGACGCGUUUCAUCGUUAUAUUUACAGUGAAUGUUAACAAUAUAAAUUUUUGUUCCAGAAUUGUAUAUGAUCGUAAUUCUGCUUUCACAGUUAGCAUAUUCUGUUCUUAGCUUAUCGAUACGUAUUAGAUCAAUUAAAAAAUUCUUGGUUUUGUUUAGUAAUAAAAUAUUCUGUUUCGUUCAAA